GAAGCUGUCUGUGGUACAUGUGACAAAAUGGUAAGUGUAUAAAGCAAAUUUACCCUCUGGGAAUCAAUAAAUUACAAAAAAAUUCAGAGGGUCAAGAUAUAAGGAAGACACUGCCAACUCAUUUCUUAGCUCGAUUGCUGCGUCUGUCAAAAGUCAGUAUUGUCAGCUUGGAAUGAUAAUGAUGUUCCUUCCUGUGCCCAAUAUUUUCCAGAUGAUAAGGUUAGUAAGGCGUGCUACUGCUGUUUCCUGGAAUGAGGGGAAGCUGGGACAUGCACUGCAAUGUAGUUUUUCUGCGCAGGCAUUUUUCUUUUCAUCCUGCAUAACAGCAGCAAUGCCGACAUACACAGUGACCGUUGCCACAGGAGAUCAACGCUUUGCAGGGACUGAUAACUACAUCUACAUAACACUGGUGGCCAAUGAGAGAUGCAGCCAGAGGACUCUGCUGGAAAAACCUGCAUAUGAUGACUUUGAGAAGGGCACGGUGCAGUCCUACUCGGUUGAUGUGCAGGAGAACCUGGGUGAGCUUGUGUUCGUGAAGAUAGAGAAGAGGAAGUACUUUGUGCAGGAUGAGUGGUACUGCAGGUAUGUCUCAGUGAAGACUCCAGGUGGAGACAUUGUUGAGUUUCCCUGCUACCGCUGGCUGGUAGAUGACAAUGAAGUGGUGCUGCGGGAUGGGCGAGCCCACCUGCCUCAGGAUGAUAAGACAAGCCUGGUCAAGCAGCACAGGCAAAAUGAGCUAGAAAUGAGGCGCAAAAUCUACAGAUGGAGGGAGUGGAAGCCAGGCUUUCCUAUGAGCAUAGACACAAACAAAUACAAGGAUUUGCCUCGGGACAUCCAGUUUGAGAGUGACAAAAAAAUGGAUUUUGCAUGGAACUAUGCAAAUGCAAUGAAGAACCUGUAUGUGAACAAGUUCAUGAACAUGUUCCAGUCCUCCUGGAGCAACUUGGCUGACAUUGAGGAGAUCUUUUGGACAAUCAAAAACCCAACUUCAGAGUAUGUGAUGCAACACUGGAAGGAUGAUUUCAUAGUUGGUUACCAAUUCCUGAACGGUUGCAAUCCUGUGAUGAUCCAAAAGUGCACCAAACUCCCUGAAAAGUUUCCCGUCACCAACGAGAUGGUUGCUGCCAGCCUCAAGAGGAAAUUGACGUUGGAACAGGAAGUACAGGCAGGCAACAUCUACAUAGUGGACUAUGAAGUGCUAGAAGGCAUCAAACCAAACUGUACAGAAGCAGGCACCCUGCAGUACCUGGCUGCUCCCAUUUGUCUUCUAUACAAGAACACACAGAACAAAAUCCUGCCAAUAGCCAUACAGUUGGGCCAGACUCCAGGCGAGGACAACCCCAUCUUCCUGCCCACAGAUGGGGAGUACGACUGGCUGCUGGCAAAGAUGUGGGUUCGCUCCACAGACUUCCAGCACCACCAGACGGUCACACACCUGCUUCGAACACAUCUGACCUCAGAGAUGUUUGCCAUUGCCAUGUUCAGGCAACUCCCUGCAGUCCACCCUGUGUUUAAGUUGCUCAUUCCACAUGUCCGUUUCACCAUCGCUAUUAACACAAAGGCUAGAGAGGCCCUCAUCUGUGACCAUGGUCUCUUUGAUAAGGCAAACGGCAUUGGUGGAGGAGGUCAUGUGCAGCUCGUUCAGAAGGUUGCGAAGACUCUGACCUUCAAGUCUCUCUGCUUCCCUGAUAUGAUCAAAGCUCGGGGAAUGGACAACAAGCAGAAGUUGCCCACCUACUUAUACAGAGAUGACGGCAACAAGGUGUGGGAGGCCACCAAGAGCUUUAUCUCCGAUGUGGUCACUAUUUACUACACCAGUGAUGAGAAAGUUCAGGGAGACCAGGAAAUCCAAGCCUUUGUUCAAGAUGUGUGCGACUUUGGCAUGAAGAACUUCAGCCAGUGUGAAUUUCCCAGGUCCCUAAAAUCCUGCACGGAGUUGAUCGAGUACUUGACCGUUAUCGUGUUCACUGCUUCAGCGCAACACGCGGCAGUCAACUUUGGACAAUACAACUGGUAUUCCUGGAUUCCCAAUGCUCCAUCAACCAUGCGAAAGCCCCCGCCCAACCGGAAGGGUUUGGCAAAUAUGACCCUGAUCAUGGACAGCCUCCCUGACAGAGGACGCUCCAGCUGGCACCUGGGGGCCGUCUGGGCCCUCAGCCAGCACCAGGAGAACGAGCUCUACUUGGGAACGUACCCUGACAUGCACUUCACCGAGAAGCCGGUGAAGGUGGCCAUGGAGAAGUACAGGAAGAAUCUGGCAGACAUAAGCAGCGCCAUCACGAGGAGGAACAAGAAGAGGAAGCUGCCCUACGACCUUCUGAACCCUAACAAAAUACCGAACAGCGUCGCUAUUUGAAGACUUUGCUAGAAAGUCGUCACUAUCGUGCCUUUUUUUCCCUCUCUUUAUUUGCUGCCACAUAUGCUGGCGUUGUUUAUGCAUGCUGGGAGCUGGUCUUUUGUAAUGUUUGGAGAGAUUUCCCUUUUAUACAGAUAUGUCAGUUAUAAAACCGACGUAAUAAAUGUUCAGGUAAAAUACAUUUUGCCGUUAAAGUUCACUAAUAAGGUUGCUUUCAUCAAAUCGACACUGUUUGAGACUACUAGAAAACUAGAAAUGGACAAACUUUUAGGACAAACGGUAAACGUUGCUUUAUCCAUUGCCAUUCGUACACAGUGCUCUAAGCGACGCAGCAUCAUGUCCCCCGUCAAAGACAAAAAUCAGGCUGCCAGAAAAGAUAGGAGAGCAAAACAACGUUAAAAGCAGCCACAUUCUAUUUUCAAAGACCCGGAUCGGCAAAAUCAUUAUUUCCAUUGUAUUAACUUUUGCUCUGUUUAGAUCCAGUUUUGUAUGUACUUUUCACCUCUCACAGUUUCUUUCAUCCAGCUAGAUGUGUUCAGCUCAGCCUGUCCGUGCUAACUCGCAGCUGGCUUCUCUUCAAUAGCGGGAGUGCCUACUCCCCCAGAAGAAAAAAAAGAAAACGUUUCUCACACUGAUAUAUAUACAGUAUAUAUGCCUGUUUGUGUCCUUUUUUCCCGGGCACUCUUGGAUAGAUGGUGUUGCCCUCUCUUCAGUGGUACCCUCCACAGCUUUGGAAAUAAAAUAGACAAAGACAUCUUGGUUUCUGUGGACAAUCUCUACUGAUAGAAAAAUUCCCGAAACAAACCCAAAUGUUAAUGAUGAAAUCCCAUGGUUUUGAUCAGACCUCCCUACGUUCAUGUAAAUUAGGCGUCUGAUGCCGCCUCUGAUACUGUUUGCUGUCAUUUAUCCUCGCACUCGCCUUUGCUUUCAACAGUGCAUUCCAUGCAGGAAUACAAUGGUCAAGUUCUGUGAGCUAGGAUCACUGCAGGGACACAAGAGUCAGCUACGGCUGCAUAGCAUGUUCGUAAGCUAACAAGUUUUCAACUAGCCUUCAAUUUAUUUUCUCUAAACUUAAGAAAAGGUUCAAACGGACUCGGAAAGAUAUAAGAACAUAAGAAGCCAAAAACUUACCCCUUCCACAAGGAAUACCAGAACUUUUCACUCUUAUGUUGGACAUGCCAUAGCUGACAUGCAAUGUGACAGUAGUGUGAAGUAACGUUUCUCAUCAGUGUUUGGUGCCAUUACUCACGCCUAGUGGCCGGAAUACUACAUACAACUUGUACUUCAAUAUUUUUUUUUACUAAUGAUGGGCCAUAGUCAACCAUGAAACGGCGAUCAUUUAUUCAUUUUUGAAAAACCGCGGAAGUGAAGGAGCGAUAUUAUAUUUGAACCGGGAUGUAGCGAGGGACUACUGUACUAUUUUAUUCCGCCUCACUUUCAUGUUUAAAAAGGUCCAGACAUAUGAG